AUGGCAAAAAUCUUCUUGACAGGAGCUUCAGGCUACAUCGGCGGAGAUGUCCUUCACGCCUUGCGAUCCGCUCUACCUCAAUGCGACUACAGUGUUUUACUGCGCGACGAAGCAAAGGCGGCAAAAAUCCAAGCUGCUUACCCUGAUGUGCGGGUGGUAAUGGGGGACUUGGACGCCACGGCUACCAUCGAGAAGGAGGCCAGUCAGGCCGAUAUCGUUGUCCACGCUGCCAGCACGAACCACAUCAAGAGCGUCGAAGCCAUCGCCCGCGGUCUGUCGGCAGAGACCAGAGCGAAACCUGGCUACUGGAUACAGAUGUCGGGAGCCAGUGUUCUAUCUAUGCCCGACAUUGAGAACAACACUUUUGGUCAGGCUUCAUCACGUAUCUACAGCGAUAUAGACGGCGCGGAGGAACUGUGUGCGCUCAUUAAACGUUACUCGGCCCAGCGCGUUGUGGAUAACUUUGUGACCAACCUUCCACCGGCAGCAAUCCGACCCAAGACCGCACUCAUCUUCGGACCGAUUAUCUAUGGUCGCGGCCGGGGGGUAGUCAAGCAGCGGAGUAUUCAGAUCCCGGAGCUUGUCCGGGCGAAUUUGCAGCGUCGGGAGGGUGUACAGGUGGGGAAGGGAGAAAGUACAUGGAGUAACGUGCACAUUGCGGAUUUGAGUACAAUCUUCGUGCAGCUAGUGGAGGCAGCACUCAUGGCUGCCGAAGGGGAUUUGUGGAAUGAGCAUGGGCUAUAUUUCCCUGUGAAUACUGGGAUGCUGUCCUUCAAGGAGAUUUCACAGCGUAUCGCGCAGGACGUCUAUAAUCGGGGACUCUCAGACACGGCUUCAGUCAAGGAGGUCGACCCUCGUGAGGCGGAUUCCAUCAUUCCCCAUGCGGCAGUUAUCCUGGGUACAAAUGCAAAGCAAGUGGGACAAAGAGCACGGCAGUACCUGGGCUGGGUGCCAGAGCAUCACACUUUAGCAGAGGAGAUUUCUCUUGCUGUCACAGCGGAGAUGGAGAUUUUGGGCCUGGAGAAUGUAUUGCAGUAG